CAAAUAACUAACAAGAGAAUGCCAAAUAGCGGAAUUGCCAUUGCUCUCAUGGCCGCUGCCAAGGGCUACAAAUGCAUCAUCACGCUGUCUGAGAAGAUGUCCCUUGAGAAAGAACAGAUUUUGUGCGCAUUAAGUGCCAAAGUUGUCCGAACCCCCGCUGGAGUCCCUAUAGACUCCCCCGAUUCCAUUAUCAGCGUUGCGAAUCGUUUGCAGCGGGAAAUUCCCAACUCGCACAUCCUGAACCAAUACACCAACCCCGGAAACGCGGCUGCGCAUGAGUUCGGGACUGCCGAGGAGAUCUGGUAUCAGACCGAGGGUAAUGUCGAUGUGGUAAUCAGCGGUGCCGGAACUGGAGGAACUGUUACGGGAAUAUCCAAGGGCCUGAAGAAACGCAACCCCGGGAUCUUUGUUGUUGGCGUGGAUCCGAUGGGAUCGGUGCUUGCUCAGCCAGACUUUCUCAACGAAGUGAAGCAAGAAUACAAAGUCGAGGGGAUUGGCUACGACUUUGUGCCGGGGGUCUUGGACCAGACUGGGCCUGAUUUAUGGAUCAAGACGACUGAUCAUGAUUCAUUCCAGUUUGCCCGGCGACUUAUUCGAGAGGAGGGGCUGCUUUGUGGAGGUUCUGCUGGUGCAACUAUUGCUGCAUUGACUCAGUUGGUCAAGGAAAGACCAGAUCUCAACGUGGAAGGCAAGCUCAUUGUAAUCAUAUUGGCUGAUGGGGUUCGGAACUACUUGACUAAGUUUGCCAGUGAUGACUGGAUGAAAGAGCAGGGGUAUAGCAAUGCGUGAGCAUGUAUGAGGGUGGUUGUAAUUAGAGAAAAGUCAAAGAUACGUUAAACAAAUGAAAAGG